AUGGCUUGCACAGCCUGGUGGUCCCCAGCCAACCAGGACAGGUUUAUUUGCAUUUACCCCACUUAUUUAAAUACUAAGAAGACCACAGCGGAGGGGAGGCAGAUUUCCAUAAGUAAGGAAAACAAAAUGUACUCCAGAGAGUGGAACCGUGAUAUUCAGUACAGAGGCAGAGUCCAGGUUCAGCUCAAACAGGAAGAUGGCAGCCUCCGUCUUGUACAGUUCCUGUCACGUAAGUCAGUGAUGCUGUGUGUAGCAGAAAUGAUAACUAAGCUAAAAACAAGGACACAAAAAACAGGAGGUGCUGACCCAAGUCUUCAGUAG